ACUACGUCAUCUGUCACUCACUGUCAGUAAAAAAAAACGCGAAAAUCACGCUUGUUUCGUGUGAUUUUGGUUGAAGAUUUUUCAAUAAAAUUGUGGUUCAUAUUGAAUACCGACAACAUAUAAUAACUAAAUUAACUGAAAAAUGGAGUAUAUAUCUCCUGAAAGUGUUACGGCGUCCAACAGCACGCGAAUACUAUGUUGUCAAUGUGCAGUGCCGAUAGAAGCAAAUCCCUCAAAUAUGUGUGUAGCAUGUUUGAGGGCUCAUGUUGACAUUUCUGAGGGUGUCCCUAAACAGGCUACACUCUUCUUCUGCAGGGGAUGUGAAAGAUAUCUUCAACCACCUGCAGAGUGGGUGGUGGCUGCACUUGAGUCUCGUGAGCUGCUUGCCCUCUGUCUCAAGCGGCUGAAAGGCCUAAACAGGGUCAAGCUGAUAGACGCAGGGUUUGCCUGGACUGAGCCCCAUUCCAAAAGGAUCAAAGUGAAACUAACAGUACAAGGUGAAGUAAUGGGAGGUGCAGUUCUCCAGCAAACUUUCAUCGUUGAGUUCAGCAUCCAGCACCAGAUGUGCGAUGCCUGCCACCGCUCUGAAGCGCAAGAUUACUGGCGCGCGCUUGUGCAAGUGAGACAACGCGCGAAUAAUAGGAAGACAUUCUACUAUCUUGAGCAGCUGAUAUUGAAGCAUAAGGCGCAUGAGAAUACACUUGGGAUUAAGCCUAAACAUGAUGGAUUAGACUUCUUCUACACAACUGAAAGCCAUGCCCGCAAGAUGGUAGAUUUCAUACAAUCCAUGCUUCCCAUAAAAUGCCAGCAUUCCAAGAAGUUAAUAUCGCACGAUAUACACAGCAACGUCUACAACUACAAGUUCACAUUCAGUAUAGAGAUUGUGCCGCUGUCUAAAGACAGCGUGGUGUGCCUUCCGAAGAAGUUGUGUCAGCAGCUUGGAGGCAUUUCUCCUAUCUGUUUGGUGCACAGAGUUACUAGCACUAUACAUUUAAUAGAUGCAAAUACUGGGCAGGUGUGUGAUGUCUCAGCUACCGUGUACUGGAGGAACCCAUUCAAUCCUAUUUGCAAUCCAAAGCAGCUGGUGGAAUAUAUUGUAAUGGAUAUUGAUAUUUUGAAGGAACAUGAAAAGAAGUCAUUCCCCGGCCAAGGCAUGUUGUCCAACAAGCACGUGGUGGCCGACGUGUGGGUGGUGAAAGCCAGCGAGCUGGGACUCGACGUGAGCCCCAUCCACACUAAGACACACCUUGGACAUGUACUCAAACCUGGGGACACUGUUAUGGGCUACAACCUCGGUGACUCCAACGUGAACGACUCUAACCUAGACAAGCUCGACCGCGCCGUGGUCCCCGACGUGUUCCUAGUCAAGAAGCACUACGGCGAGCGCGCCGCGCGCCGCCGCGCACGCAACUGGAAGCUCAAGCACAUGGCUGAAGAACUUCAUGACGGUGCCAGCUCCACAAACGACGACUACAACGAGUUCCUGGACGACCUGGAGGAAGACCCGGCCUUCCGGCAGAACAUCAACAUCUUCAAGCGCGGCGACGUGGCCGUGGACACGGACGAGAUGGACCCGUCGCUGCCGCGCAUCACGCUCGCCGAGAUGCUCGACGAUCUCAACAUCGAAGACGUCGAGAUGAGCGAAGUUUGAUAAACAACUUUGCAAUCUGGACUAUAAUUGGUCGAUAAUUUCGUUGCUUUGUCUAUUUGGCUCUGUUUCCACCAGAGAUGUGUGAGGAUGCGUCGCAAGAGAUGUGUUUGUUAAGAACCAAUGGAAUCACUACACGCUGAGCGAGGAAAGCAAAUGAAGUGAUUCUAUUGCUACGCAUCCUCGCACAUCUCUGUUGGAAACGCAGACUUACAGACUUAAAAUAUAACAUGCGAUAUUCAACUUUAUUGUAUUUCAUGAGGUUGCUAUUUACAAUGACGUCUUAAGUUACUAUGUCGCAUUAAAGCAUGGUAAAUUACAGAAAAGGUUAAAUAUAGUUAGAGUACGUACCGCGUCAUUAGUUUUUUGAUAAAAAAUACAAGUAUUCUUAUCCUUGAAAGUUGAAACUUCGUCAAAUACUACUGAAACCGGAUGUUUAUAUUUCAUAUGAAUAAAUCGUAUGCUCAUACA